AUGAUUGCCACGAGAUUCCUCCGCGCCGCCGCUCUGCUGUUCGCUGCAGCGGCGCUGCUGUUGAUCGGCCUCGGCCACCAAUCUCCCGCGGGCACGCGCAAGGCCGAGGCCGAGAUGCGGCCCGUCAAGUCGGCCGAGCUGCGCCGCCUCGUCGCCAGAAUUGCAACGGCUGAACCGACGGGAGAGGCUGCCGCUGACGCGCUGGAGAAGGGCAGGGCGGCCGAGGAGGCGGCCGAGGAGGCGGGGGCUGCCGCCGCCUCGCCGUUCUUCCCAACGAAGCAUGCCAAAAAGUGGUACGAGCGAGAGCUGGGGGGGCCAGUGGUGCGCCAGAGUGCUCACGAGCUGACUUCAGCCGAGGAGGACCGCAUCGUCAAGGCGUGGCUGCGCAUGAUGGAGAGCGAGGACGGCGUGCCGGGUAGCUCGCAAUACUUUCGGCUCGCGCUCAUCCACGGCGGGUCGCAAGCUCGCCAAACGUACCUCAGCCACAUGAAGGACGGGAAGCACCCGCUUUGCGUCCAUGGCGGCGAGUGCUUCCCGAACUGGCACCGCGUGUACAUGCUCGACUUUGAGCAGACGCUGCGCUGCGCCGACAUCGACCUCGGCGGCGACGGCAACAUCGGCCUUCCCUACUGGGACUGGUCGAUCAAGCCGGAGGGCAAGAUGAUGCUGCCCAUGCUGGCGCAAAAGCUGAUGGCACAGACGAUUGGCUCGCAAGGGCAGGGCCUCUUCCCGGACGACUUCCUCCCGCUCACCCGCGGGGGCCACCCGAUCAAGGCGAUCGAGCCCGACGGCACUCCGAAGCCGGGCACAGAGAUGAUUGGCUUGAUACCGACGGCCGCCUUCCACCCGAUCUUCUGGCUGCACCACUGCAACGUCGACCGCGUGUACGAGUCCUUCCUCGCCAUCCGCGGGCACACACGGAGGCACGCCCGCGCCGGCGCGCGAGUGAUGCGCGGCAAGUGGACCGGCGACGACACCUUCAACACGGAGGCGAUGGGCUACACCUACGCGUCCCUCGCCCAGGUCAACGUGGACGGCUCCAAGGCGCUGUACGUGUACGUCUCCGACGCCGGCGACGGCGACGACGAGGGCGGCCUCCUCAGCUUCCUCCCCUUCGUCGGGAGCCCGAAGAAGGAGCAGCCGUCGUGGCAGCCGCCCCCCGACCUCGAGUCGGCGACGCCUGCCGACCUCAAGGCGCUGCCGGGCUUCGCCGGCGCCGCCCCACCUCCCCCCCCCCCCCAAACGGCCGCUGGGCCGCGCCACCUGAGGCCACGGCGCGUCCUGUGUGUAGGCAUCACGUCGCUCUUUGUCCUCCCGACGGAGGGCACCGUCCGCUGCGACAACUGCGUGCUCAACUCGCCAACCUGCUCGGCGGAGGUGGACGUGACGGAGGCGCUCAAGGAGGCGUGCAUCCCUCGCGCGCGCGCGGUGCUGCACGCGCUCGCCUUCGACAUCGCCACGCAGACCGCCAUGACGCUCGAGCAGGCGGGCGUGCCGCCGCCCGAGCUGAGCUCGCCGACGCUCUCCUUCGAGGUGUGGGACGGCAGCGAGCCGGUGUCGAUCGAGGGACUGAGCGACACGGCGAUCGCCGAGUUGAGGAACGAGAUCGAGAUCCACAAGGAGGAGGUGGUGGCGCUGCAAAUGCUCCUCAACGCCGUCUUCACGACCAGCCUCAAGGUCGACGGUGUCGUUGGCAAGGCGACGGCGGACGCUAUCAAGGCGGCGCAGGCCGCCGCGGCGCUCCCGGAGGACGGCGUCGCCGGGCCAAAGACCAAGGCGGCGCUGCUGCUGGCGCGCGCCGCCCUCUCGGCGGCGCCGCAGGCGGACGAGCGCUACACGGAGGUGGUCCAGCGGCUCCUCGUUGCCGCCAAGGCGCAGCCCGUCAGGUGGACCCUGCGGCGCGACGACGAGCCGGGCGAGGGGCUGGACGAGUGGAUGGACGCCGCGCAGGCCGAGCUCGAGCGCGCCUUUGGUGCGUGGAGCAAGGCCUGCCGCCCGUCCUCGUCUAUUGACCCCGGAGCUGGCUCGUCGACCGACCCGUUACCGGCGCCCGCCCUGGAGUCCCUCCCGACCAUCUCCUUCGAGUACACCGCGGAGGAGGCCGACGCGCACAUCCUCCUCUCCUUCGCCGAGCUCGCCACCGCCCACGAGGCGCGCGACGGGCCGGGAGGCAAGCUCGCGCAGACGACGGCGGCCUCGGAAGGCUCGUUCCCUCUGGUGCACAUCGCCUUUGACGAGGCGGAGCGCUGGGAGCUGGCCGACCUCCCCCACCCGCAGCGCGCCGACGGCACGCUUGACGACGACUUCUUCUUCCAGCUCCUCCCGGUGGCGAUCCGCGAGAUUGGCGCGCGCCCCACACCCCCUCUCUCCAAGAUGGAAUCUUCUCCCCUGCUCCGCCCCUUCUCUAUCCCUCGGGGACCACCCCUUUUUUCCUCCCUCGCAGGCCUCGCUCUCGGCCUCGGCCUCUCCCUCGCGGGCGGCGCGCUCGACACCAUGUCGCCCUUCUACGCGGCGGGCAACACCACCGUCUCCGCGCGCGCUGGCGAGGAGCUGCAGCAGAAGCUCCGGGAGGCGUGA